AUGUAUUUAAAUAAAACCAUCACGGAAUAUUUUAUCAUUAAGGGAAUUUCUGAUGCUCUUGAAAUACAAAUUACAAUCUUCAUUUUAGUUUUGUUGAUUUACCUCUUCACUCUUGGAGGCAACAUGAUCAUUCUUCUACUCAUCUGUCUGGACUCUCAUCUUCACACCCCCAUGUACUUCCUUUUAGCUAACUUGUCCAUUGUGGAUAUGUCUUGCACUACCACAACAUUGCAUAUGAUCUUGAAAAGCUUUAUUACAGGAGAUAAAACAAUUUCCUUUUUUGGUUGUAUGGUACAGACCUUUAUGGCUGGAUCUUUAUCAGUACAUGAGCUAUUUAUACUGACUGCAAUGAGUUAUGAUCGUUAUGUAGCUAUCUGUAACCCUUUGAGUUACCAUUUGAUUAUGAGCCAUAGGAAUUGUGCACUCUUGACCGCUCUCUGUUGGGUGUUGGGUUUCCUACUUGUUGCUCCUCUUGUGGGGAUAUUGUCCAGUUUCUCUUGUUACUCAUCAAUUGAAAUCAAUCAUUUCCUCUGUGACAUUGUCCCCUUGAUGAAAAUGACUUGUAGCAACACUUCCCUUCUGGAUGUAUUAUUCUUUAUAGAAGGUUUAUUCCUUUUCACUAUCAUCCCAUUUCUUCUGACCUUCAUUCCCUACAUCUUUAUAAUAGCAGCCAUACUGAGGAUCCAGUCAAACACUGGAAGACGUAAAGCCUUCUACACUUGUUCCUCGCACCUCACAGUGGUCAUCCUUCUCUAUAUGAUUCUUGCUAGUCAAUACCUGACACCAGGUUCAACAAGCUCACUGGAUUCAAAGAAACUGUUUGCAUUGUUUAAUACAGUUGCCAUCCCUCUGCUCAAUCCACUGAUCUAUAGUUUAAAAAAUAAAGAUGUGAAAGCAGCUCUAGAACGAAAGUUGAAUAGAAGUAAAAUAUUCACCUAA